AUUUCCCACAUGGGGUGACCAAAGAUUUAGUCUGAGCCUGAUUAGGUUUGCAGCAGGUGGGUGCAAGAUGUUAGUAGGGACAAACACCCAAACAAAUGCAUGGAUAUAGACUUGCUUCUGUAUCAGUUCCAAAGAAGAUGGUGGCCACUGUGCACACCUUAUUCACCACAAGUCAACAUGUUCAAUCUGAUGAGCAACUGCUGCACCUGGGUCUCCAAAAUACAGGAGCCAGUAAGGAAAGUGACCAUUCUUGUGGUUGGUCUUGACAAAGCAGGAAAAACCUCCUCCAUCAGAGGGAUGUUAAGAGCCCCUCAUGUUGUCGAUGCAGGUCCCACCUACGGCUGCAUUAGACACGAGCUGAGAGUUGAGAACUAUCUGGUCACGCUGAUGGAUGUUGGAGGAUCUGCAGAGUCUCGGGUAUCCUGGAGGGAGCUCUGUGGGGAGGCUCAUGGCAUCAUCUUUGUGGUGGACUCCAGUGACCGGCAGAGGAUGAAGGAAGUCAGAGAGGUUCUUGCAGACCUGCUGAAACAACCGAGGGUGGCAGGAAAACCCAUAUUAGUAUUGGCCAACAAACAGGAUAAAAUGAACUCUUUGGUGGGAAGUGAGCUGAUAGAGAUUCUGUCUCUGGAGAAGUUGGUCAACCAGAGCCGCUCUCUGUGCCAUAUUGAGCCUUGUUCAGCCUUAAUGGAUCUGCGACGCUGGUCAGACAAAAAGAGUCUGCGAGGCCUUCGCUGGUUGCUGCGUGCUGUUUGCAUGGAUUAUCCAGAUCUAUGUACUCGUGUUGCCCAGGACAGCAGGAGGCCCCUGGAGCCGAGAGAAAGAGAGAGGAAUGGCAAAACUGAGAAGGGACGCAGAAAAACCAAAGUGGAACGAAUAAGAUCCAGCAAGUCCGAUCUUCGCCAGGUUCAUCGGCCCAGAGAAAAGGAGAAAAAGACUAAGAGUGAAGGAAAGCUGCAACCCAUUCGGAACAUGCUCCAAAAGGAAGCCACACUGAAAAAGAAGCUGAGGACAAAGCAGAAGAAAAAGCUGGUUAAGGACAAGGGAGAUGAAAAAGAAGGAGAAGAAGCCCCUGAACAGGAAGAGGAAGGUGAUGGUAAUGAAGGAGAGCAAGAAAACUCUGGUCACAGAGACAAAGCCAACAGUGCCCUGAUUCCUCCAAAGAAAGGCAAACUCAAACCCAAGAGAAAGGUGACAGAAGAGACGCUGGAUGUGCCAGAAUCCCUCGACAAUGAAGAGACACCACUGAAAGCUAAAGGAGAAAAGAGGAAGAAGAAGAAAAUUGUGAAAGUAAAAAGAAAAAACAAGAUCAACACAGAGGGAACGCCAGAAGCUUAUUCACAACCUGCGGACCUUUCAGCAACCUUUGAUCUUUACCGAAAAGCAAUACUGGCUCUGAAGGAACGUCAGGAUCAGAGACAGGGAGAGUGAAUCCUGCUUGUGUCCUGCCACCUGAGUGUGACCAUGUCAUCCACAGCAGUAGAAUACAAGGCACUGCAUCACUUAAAGAAAAACUAUGCUAUUUCUGUACCAUUAAUUAGACUGUAGACUGACAUCCUGAUCCCUGAGCCUUUGGAGAGAAACUGCAGAUUCCAAUGUGCAGUGAAGGGACAGUUUUAAUAAUCCUGUAGUAACAAAAAAUAACAGAAAUAAUAACAUGUGUACUUGGCCAAAAAUGUUAAAGACGGUUUUGUUUGUGGAUAAAACUAUGCCAUGGUAAAUGUAAGGGAAACAUUAUUUUUAAACUUGAUCCUUUUUUAAAGAUUGUUGGAACAUUUUCCUGCUGUGAGUAGAGAUCUUAAAAAGCAUGGCAUGUUGGUGAAAUGAUUGUCAGGUUUGUGUAUAAAUAAUAAACAUUUUGUCUCUA